AUGAGCCAACGAAAAGCCGCUGAACAAUUUAAUGUGCCAAGAGCAACACUGCAGUUUAGAGCAAGCGAAAAGUUUAAUGAAAAAACUACCCUUGGCCCCAAUCCUAUUCUUUCUUUGGAGGAAGAGAAUCGUUUAAAGAAUUGGAUCAUAACAUGCCAAGACAAAGGUUUUCCAGUGAGAGUGGAAGAUAUACAAGACUCGGUUAAAGGUUUUCUGGACGCAAAUCCGCGUGCCAAUCCUUUUACCGACAAUCGCCCCGGAAGAGAAGCGGUGACAGCAGCAAGUUCAGUUGUGUCUGAAAAAGAUAUAAAAAAAUGGUUCACCAGUGUUCAAGAAUACUUGCAUCGUAAAGGUUACUUUGAUGUUCUUCAAGAUCCUUCACGUGUUUUAAAUGGGGAUGAAACCUGCUUUCUCUUGUGUCCCAAGAAUAAACGAGUAUUAGCUGUAAAGGGAAGCAGAAAUGUAUAUCAAAUAGAGCAUCACUCAAAAGUAAAUUUAACAGUUAUGUUUACCUUCGCAGCAUCCGGGGAAGUAACGGCACCAAUGGUUAUUUACCCUUAUAAACGGAUUCCUAGCAAUGUUGUAAAUUCAGUUCCACGAGAAUGGGGCGUAGGAUGUAGCGAUACGGGGUGGAUGAAGAAUGAAAACUUCUAUGAAUACUUAUUUUGUUCGUCGAUGGACAUAAAACUCACUUAA